AUGGCCGGGGAGGACUGGGCCGAGGGCGAGGAGCUGCUGAGAGUGUUUUCCAGGCAUGCCCACACCAUCCCAAUCAAUGGGGAUGAUGUCGAGCUGCUCGACACACCCGCCGAGUUCUUCGAGACCCUUCUGAUCGGUAUAGGCACCGCCCAGCGAUCUAUCAGCCUUGCGGCUCUGUACAUUGGCAUCGAAUCUCGGGCCGAGGCACGAUUCAUCGGGGCACUGAAGGCUGCGGCCGCCGACCCCGCGCGCCCCGAGCUCCGGCUGCAGAUCCUGCUGGAUGCGGCCCGUGCCACCCGCCCAUGCCGGGAUCAAGAAGGCUCCAUCUCCAGCACAGCAGAGGUCCUGGCGCGAGAACUGCUGCUGCCCUUCGCGGGCGCCCAGCGGGCGAGCGUGGCCCUCUUCCAGACACCCCACAGUCGCACCUCAAUCCGGAGGGUGCUGCCACCGCGGGUGCGGGAGGUGCUGGGGGUGCAGCACAUCAAGGCCUUUGCCUUUGACGACGACGUGGUGCUGACGGGCGCCAACAUCAGCGGCGCCUACCUCUCCGAUCGGCAGGACCGGUACUGGGUGGUCCGGCGCUCGCCACGGCUGGCCGCCUUUGUGCACGGCCUGGUGGCCGAUGUGUCCAGCCACUCCUUCCAGCUGGAAAGCACGGCGACGGGGCGGGGGCCCACAGAUGCAGAAGCUGCCCCGCCCCCCAGAGCCGCCGCGCCACCCGCCCCCCUGGGGGAGGAGGAAGGCCUGUCGCGCGGCGCGCGGCGCCUGCUGCACCUGCGGCACAGGGGCUCCGCCGCCGCCGCUGCGACGCGUGGCGGGCCCCCGGCCCCGGGCGCCGGCCCGGGGUCGUACGUGCUGCGCCCGGCCCCCGUGGGGGUCAACCCCUCGCACACACCGGCCGUGUUCCGGCGCUCGCUGCGCUACGCGCUGCUGCGCCGCUUCGUCCCCGGGGGCGCCUGGGGCUCGACCCUGGACGGCGCCGCGCUCCGGGAGCUGGACGACCUGGCGCCGGAGGCGAGGGGCGGUGGGGACCCGGCCGCGCCGGCCGCGCAGGACACCGCGGCUGACACGGUGAUCCUACCGACGGUGCAGGCCGGGUUCCUGGGCCUGCGGCAGGAGGAGCUGCGCCUGAGCACGCCCUACCUGAACCUGGCGCGGGGCCUGGCGGCCGCGCUGGCGGCCGCACCGCGCCUGCCGCUGCGCCUGCUCACCUCCAGCCCCGAGGCCAACGGCUUCUGGGGCAGCGCCGGCCUGUCGCGCCACAUCCCACUCGCCUAUGCCGCGCUGGAGGCGCGGACCUGGCGCGCGCUGGCGCCGCCGCGCGGCCGGCCUGGCGCCGCGCCGCGCGUGCUGCUGGAGUACGCCCGCCCCGGCUGGCAAUUCCACGCCAAGGGACUGUGGUACGGCCCCAGCGCGCCCUCGGCGGCAGGGCAAGCUGCACGGGGGCGCGCGGCAGCGGAGCGACCCCUGCCGCCCUGCUUCACCGCUGUCGGCAGCUCCAACUACGGCGCGCGGUCGCAACGCCGGGACCUGGAGGCCCAGUUCCUGGUCGUGACACGCAACCCACGCCUACGUGCCGCAAUGGAGCGCGAGUGGGCCGGGCUGGAGGCGCAUGCCGUGGAGGUGGGGCCGGCGCAGCUGCAGCAGCCGGCGCGCCGGGCAGGGCCGGUGGUGGCGGGCCUGGUCAGGCUGCUCAAGGGCUUCCUCUGA